AUGUCAUUAUUAAAUUUUUUUACAAAAAAAACAAUAAAUAAUAAUAAUAAUAAUAAUAAUGAUAGUGAUAACCAAGAAAGUUGUAAAAUUAAAGAGGAUGAUAGAAUUAAAGGUUUAAAAAUAAUCGAAAAUAUAUUUAAUGACGAAUAUCAUGACAAAUUAUGGGCAGAGGUAAAUAAAUGCGAAUGGGAUGAUAAAUCAUUGUUAAGAAGGACUCAGCACUAUGGUUAUAAAUAUAACUAUAAAUCACGUCAAUUAAAAGAUGAAGAUAUUGCACCACCAUUUCCGCAAUGGGCCAACGAUUUAAUAAUGCUGCUAUUAGAAAAACAAAUAAUAAAUGAUACUCCAAAACAACUCAUUGUGAACGAAUAUAAAGACAAUCAAGGUAUAAGUGCACAUGUCGAUUCAAAAAUAUUUGGUAAUUUAAUUUUCAGUAUUUCUCUAGGUUCAAAAUGUAAAAUGGUUUUUAAAAAGAAAAUUGAAAACAAAAGUAAUAAUACUGAUGACAAUACUAGCAAUAGUAAGGAUAAAAGUAAAGCAACCUCAACCAAUAAUACUAAAAAUAAAGUAGAAUAUGAAAAAAUAGAAAAAGAACUACUCCCAAACUCAAUCGUUUUGUUACAAGAUGAAAGCCGUUAUCUUUGGACCCACGAAAUCCCCAAAUUAAAAAAGGGUGACCAUAGAAUAAGUUUAACUUUUCGUUAUUUAUUAAAUGAUAAAGAUGAUGAAAAACCAAAAAAAAAUAAAGCUAAAAAAUAUUCUCCCUAUUAA